GCCGCUGCCGCCGCCGCCGCCGUGCUGCUGCUACUGCUACUGCCUAACCGGGCCAGGCGGGGGCGGUUGCAUGAGGUUGAUGCUGCUGUGCUGCACUUGGAGGGACGAGCCCAUGGGAGAGGACGAAGGAAGUGACCUGCCAAUAUGCGCCAGUUGCAGCCACAGCAUCUACGACGGUCAGUACUUGCAAGCCCUGAACGCCGAUUGGCAUGCCAGCUGUUUCAGGUGCUGCGAAUGUGGAGCUUUGCUUUCCCAUCAGUACUACGAGAAGGAUGGUCGUCUCUACUGCAAAAAGGAUUACUGGGCCCACUUUGGGGAACUGUGCCAUGGCUGCUCGGAGCAGAUCACCAAAGGGCUUGUCAUGGUGGCUGGGGAACAAAAAUAUCACCCUGAAUGCUUCAGCUGCCUGAAUUGCCAGGUGUUCAUUGGCGAUGGAGACACUUACGCACUGGUGGAACGAUCCAAGCUUUAUUGUGGGCACUGUUAUUACCAGAUGGUGGUUACACCCGUGAUGGAUCAGCUGCUUCCAGAAUCUCCUGGCACCCGGAUUCCACACACUGUCACCCUGGUGUCUAUUCCGGCAUGUUCCGAAAGCAAGCGAGGGCUUUCCAUCUCCAUUGACAAGCAUGGAGGUUCUGAGCACCCACAUACUGUGCGCGUUCGUGAAUUAGACCCAGGCUGCAUAAGCCCCGAUAUGAAGAAUUCCAUCCAUGUUGGUGACCGCAUUCUGGAAAUCAAUGGCACACCAAUCCAUCACGUCCCGCUGGAUGAGAUCGAUCUUCUGAUCCAAGAGACCAGUCGCCUACUGCAGCUAACCAUUGAACACGAUCCUCAUGAGAUCAUUGAAAGCAGCCCUCUUUCAGAACUGCGCAGUCCCCUCCAUUCGCCCAGCCACACACCUUGCCCAGACCCUUCAGCCAUUCGCCAGCGCACUGUCAUGAGGAGCUGUAGCAUUGACAAGUCACCUUGUUCCAGCUCUCUGGGCUCCCCCUCCUCCCAGAGGAAAGAUAUUGGUCGCUCAGAAUCACUGCGUGUUGUCUCCCGUCUUCAUCGCAUCUUCCGCCCCUCGGAUCUCAUCCAUGGCGAGGUGUUGGGCAAGGGCUGCUUCGGGCAGGCCAUUAAGGUGACCCACCGGGAGACUGGAGAAGUGAUGGCCAUGAAGGAACUUAUCCGUUUUGAUGAGGAGACCCAAAGAACGUUCCUUAAAGAGGUGAAAGUAAUGCGCUGCCUGGAACACCCCAAUGUGCUGAGGUUCAUUGGGGUCCUCUAUAAAGACAAGAGGCUGAACUUCAUCACAGAGUACAUCAAGGGAGGCACCCUUCGUGGGAUCAUUAAGACCAUGGACAGUCAGUAUCCUUGGAGCGAGCGGGUCAGUUUUGCAAAGGACAUCGCUUCAGGGAUGGCUUAUCUCCAUUCUAUGAAUAUCAUUCACAGGGACCUCAAUACACAUAACUGCCUUGUGCGAGAAAACAAAAGUGUGGUAGUGGCUGAUUUUGGCCUUGCUCGGUUGAUGGUGGACGAGAAGAACCAGCUAGCAAACCUGAAGAAACCUGACCGAAGGAAAAGGUACACCGUGGUGGGCAACCCUUACUGGAUGGCUCCUGAGAUGAUCAAUGGGAGAAGUUAUGAUGAGAAAGUAGACGUCUUCUCUUUUGGCAUCAUCCUUUGUGAGAUUAUUGGAAGAGUCAGCGCUGACCCUGAUUACCUGCCUCGAACCUUGGAUUUUGGCCUGAAUGUGCGAGGCUUCCUGGAUCGCUACUGUCCUCCCAAUUGUCCUCCCAGCUUCUUUCCUAUCGCUGUGUGUUGCUGUGAUUUGGAUCAUGAGAAACGGCCUUCCUUCAGUCGGUUGGAGCAGUGGCUGGAAGCUCUCCGCAUGCACUUGGCUAUGCAACUUCCCCUGAGUCCACAGCUGGAGCAAUUGGACCGGGCCUUCUGGGAGACACACCGGCGAGCUGAGAGUGGACUGUGCGCACAUGCGGAAGUGUCUGAAUGAGUACAGCAGGGGCAGGCAAGCAGCCCCAAAGCCUGCAUGUCUCUAUAUGAGCUGGGCUGAAGAAAAGCUUCUCUUGCUGAGUCCUGCCACCAGCUGUGCACAGCUCACCAGCUAGAGCUGUUUUUUUUGGGGGGGGGGAAACCACUGGGAGCUGGUUCUCCCUGCUUCCCUCCUUGCGGGGGAUGGGUUCUGUGCCUGGCUUGCACAGAGAUGGUCUGUGGCAGCCCGGGUUCUUGUAAAUACUCCUUGUGAAUACAGCCUUCUCCUUGCGCAUCCCGCAAAGGGCGAGAGAAGCGAGGGAUCCUUGACACACUCCUUGUACGCUAUGUGGUUGCGAAAAGCUUUGCACGCCCUGCUGAGCACAUAAGCUUCUGUCAUCAGCUGGCAGCUGCUCACAAGCUGGCAUUAAGGUGGGGGCUGCUACCCUACCCCCCCCACCCUCAAAUAUACCCCUAUGGAUCCUCUUUAAAACUUUUGUCCUAUAAAGUGGUGCCUUGGGUUUAUAUGUGAACUUGCAUACUUGGAUUCUUGAGUCCCACUUUGUCGUUCUGCAAACAGGCCACGGGGGUCUAUGCGUGUGCUUAGCAUGUGCUUAGCCUUUCCGUGGACGUUGCAAGGCCGAGGGAUCUAUGCAGAUGUUUGGUUUCUGUGCUCCCUGGAUCCAGUGUCUGACUACAUUCACACAACAUGUUUUGCCCAGUUGGCUGAAGAUUGCAGUUGCACAACAUACUGAGCUUAUUGCUUCUCUUAACUUUGGUUAGGCUUUUCUUUUUCUUUUAAUCUAGCUUAGCAUGUUAUGCAAACCCAGCCUCUUUGAUUCAUUUGAAGUUGAUAUAUUGUGCAAAUACGCACACACACGGCUCAAUCCGGUAACCAGGCGAAAUCUGUUAUGUGAAUGUAGCUCUGUCAAUGCCCCAUGUGUGCUGUGUGUAUGUUUCACUGUGUGCACACCUUAGCUUCUUCCUUCCUUCUCUUCCAACCAUGUUUGGCAGAAAUACAUAAAAUCCAAGGCUGCUAUUUUUGUGUGUGAGAAAAAAACUAUUUUCUAAGCAGGCAGUUUGCCCCAGAGAGAAGCUAUAAGUUAGAGCUGAAACCGUCUCCUCUUAUCCCUUCUCUGUUCUAAAUUACCACCCCGUUUAAACUGCUUGCCUAUUCUGGAGAUCCAAAUGCCUGUGAAGGUUUCGUUGCAAGAUUUAAUGUGUGUGUGCACAUGCAUACACCCAUGUGCUGUCAGGCCCUCGAAAAGGCAGUCUGGAUUUCUAGAAGGACAGAAAGAGGAGGAAACAACUAAGUCAGCCUUCUAAAGGGAGAUCUUUGUGCAUUGCUUGGAAAUCUAGCCAACUCUUUCCAGGUUCAGGAUAGAGCCAUGGGAUGUGCACUCCCAGCCUUCCUCAGACUAGCGCCAGGCAGAUUUGUUUUCACUACAACUCCCAGAACUCCUCAGGCAACGUGGCCUCCAGAACUGUGCGACUCCCAGAAUUCUUAGCCAGUGGUCUGGAGGCCAGGCGAACAAAGGAACUCUGGGAGUUGCAGUUCCAACCCAUCUGGAAAGUAUUAGAUUGGAGAAGGAGCUAAUCUAUGCAUCAGGGUCAGCAGUAAGAAUAAGCAAGCAUUAUUGGACUCUCAUCUGGAAAUGGGCAGCAGGUAUUUUCCAUCUGGGUGGUCAGCAUAGCAGAAAGGAGCCUUCUAAAUUCUACCUGGGGAGGCCAGCUAAAUUCAUCUUAUCCAAGGAUCCUCACAACGUAAGAGACAUAUUUUUGAUUUACCCUUGUGGGUUGUGGGGCUACAUGACUAAAUGUCCUCUUGUGCCAAAAAAAAUAAAAAUCACCCCUGCAUAUUAAAACCCUGUAUGUUAUAGGCAGGAGAACAGACCCUGCUUUUUCCUUAUCUCGCAAGCUUUUUGUGGACACGAAGCAGCCACUCAGGUUGCUAUUUGGAAAAAAGCACAUUCCUGAAUCAUUGCAACAGGAGAUUGGCUUGAUAGUCUUUAGAAGGGGGGAAAUGGAGCUUUUUCAGUUCCUGAGAGUGCAUUUGUAAGAACCUGAACCACGAAAGACUUCCUGGGUUUUCAAUGCUAACAGUGUGAGUAGCCGGGGGUGGGUGGGAAUAGACCAUUUUCCCUGCCAUUCUAGCACCCAGGACAAACCUUGGUUGUGCAACCAAAGUACAAGAGUGUCAGGCAGGAAGACUUGAAGGAGUUUAGCCAUGCCAGCUGGGAAAUCCCUGGGGACAACCUACCUCUGAUUAUUAGUGUUGGUAAGAAAAGUCAGGUCUAAAUAUCAGUUUCUGGGCUUCUGGUUGUCAGGUUAGCUGCUGAGAGAGACAACAUGGAUCUUUUUAAAUUCUUCCCAGUGGGCUCCUGUUCUUUUCAAUGGAACACACCAGCAUCUUUUUCAUUUUAAUUGAAGGCCCCGUUAUAGUUAUAGUUGGGAUUUUUUUUAGGAGGAGGGAAAUAUGGAGAAAGAAAACAUUCCUUGCAAUCAAAAUGAAUUCCCUCUCUAGACUUGUGAUCCAGCUUUGUUAAAUCCUAUGUGCCAAACUUGCAGAGAGACAUCUUGGCUUUUUUUUUUAAAAAAAAAAGGUAAUUCCUGGAUCUUCUUGCUCAGAAAUGGGGAAACUUGACAAUGGUGGUCUGAAAUUCUGCAAAUUCAGUAGAAGUAAAAGCAGUUCUCCUCA